UAGUAGUAUUAACCCCAGUUUCUGCUCAUUUCGUCAGAACCAAGCUUUUUAGCGCAUUCAUUUCGAUCGGCCAGAUCAGGACAUUGACUGCGCUAACAGGCUAACAGAUAAAGCCGUUGAUAUUCGUUGAUAUUAGACCAGUUGAACAACGAGCAGCAAAGAAUCCCACGAGCAGGUUUUGUGUUGGUCAUUCGGAUACACAAAGAAGAAAGAGUCAAUUACGGCUUAGUGGAGUGAGAUUGAUUGUAUCUUAAGAUAGCAUACUUUAUUGUCUUCUUGGCCAUGCGACAGAUUCUUGUGCCACAGGCUUGCCUCAUGAGUAGUAGAAAAAAAAGAGGAUAUUAGGAAGCUGGAAAUGGGAUCAAAUAAGGGGUCCGAAAAAAGUUUUGGGGUACGGAAAAUUUCCGACUUUGCUAAGUUCGCUUUUUUUAGUCCAAGACCAAAGCCCGUUUUAGUUGGACAGGCCAGGGCUAGAGAACUUACGUAGCGUGUUCCCCUAAUGCGAUCAUCACCGGCCAUUACAUGAGAGGUGAUACUACCUCUACCUCCCUCUACUACCUAUGUGCGCUAGAGGACGACAACCUUGCAGUUCUUAUUAGUUACUUUUACUCGAAUGUCUUCUUCAAUGGCUUUUUAAUAAUAAAUAUUUUUUUUUCGUAUACGCUUAAAAAUCGCCGAGUCCCCAAGACAUUUGAAUAUCGCCGAAUGCUACUAGACAGCUUCAGCAAAGGCUUUCUCAGCUUUUUAGGUUCUUUAGGUUUAAUUAGGUCAAUAAAGGAACUUCUUUAUACCUACCUCACGGUACCUGAAUUGACGCAAUCCCCCCCUGAGUGGUUGAUCGCAUAUUGGUUCACUGGUAGAUUCCAGCAAUGCAGGUACCGACACGUCAUCUUGCCGAUGAUUGCAGCUGUCGUGGAGCGUUGGAACCGUCACGGCCAUACAAGAGGACAGAGCCGCUGCUAUUGUGCGCAAGUUCUUGCUUCACCCCGUAAUGUCAGGGUCGAACAGAGCUCGCGCACCUAUGGGAGGUCCAUGAUUACGGCGGUGCGGAAAUUCCCAUCUGGUGAAUUGAAAUAUACUCCGUUCUAUUUCCUCAAGCGCCUGGGCGCCGUUCAUCGCGCUCCAAUAGCAUCGUCUCGCACCCACCAGGGCGAAAUAAUGUAAAUUACGUUGUGCUUCCGCUAUGAUGCAAUGCGAAAUGCGAAUAAUCACUCGCCUCGCCGUUCUAUUAGGGUUCACUGCAUUCCGUUGCCGAUGCCGUCCCCGGAUGC